AUGGGUCAGGAAGUUUUACAGUGCCACACUCUUCCAACAAUAAAGACGGAGGCAGUCUUGUAUUUGAGUGCAGUGGUGUGUCAGAGGCAGGAAAAGAGCAGCAGCCAUGGAUGACGUAUAUAAAGCAGCGGUUGAAAACUUGACAGAGGAGCAGAAAAAUGAGUUCAAGGCUGCAUUUGACAUCUUCAUUCAGGAUGCUGAGGAUGGCUGUAUCAGCACUAAAGAGUUGGGGAAGGUGAUGAGAAUGCUGGGGCAGAAUCCCACACCUGAAGAGUUACAGGAGAUGAUUGAUGAGGUAGAUGAGGAUGGCAGUGGCACAGUAGACUUUGAUGAGUUCUUGGUUAUGAUGGUUCGCUGCAUGAAGGAGGAGAGCAAAGGAAAAUCAGAGGAGGAGUUGGCCGAACUUUUCCGCAUGUUUGAUAAGAAUGGAGAUGGUUACAUAGACUUAGAAGAACUCAAGAGUAUGCUGGAGUCCACUGGAGAGGCCAUCACUGAAGAUGACAUUGAAGAGCUGAUGAAGGAUGGAGACAAAAACAAUGAUGGCAAAAUUGAUUAUGAUGAAUUCCUGGAGUUCAUGAAAGGUGUUGAAUAAAGGAUUCUACUGGCACCCCCACAUUACAGCAUUUGUCUUCACUUGGCGUUGAUGUUAUCAUCCAAGGCCAUUCCUGAAGCUAUGUCUCCACCUUUUGUCUGCUUCAAGCAGUGCAAGGCACUGCCAGUCUUUCUUAAAUCGCCCACUGAGGUCUUGACAAGUUUGCCAGGCUUUCUCAUUGAGUACAAAUACCUUUUUUUCUGAUAGAGAUGAUAAAUCAGUGUCAAAUAAAGAGACUAUUUUCAAUAAAAUCCAUAAUUGUG